AUGAUGCGCCCGCGCGACCCGCGCAUCCGCCAACGGAUCAACCAGAUCUCGCAUAACCUCGAAUCCGCCAACGAGUCCGCCCAAGAGGGCCUGUACGCCUUCUCCCAGAACUACCUCUCCCCAUGCUUGUCCGAAAUCGGCAACUGUGUGCAGGCCUGCACGGCCCCGUGUAUGCCCAGCCGAGAGGACCAGUUGCGGCGGCGUCGGCGCAGCCACGCAGAGGCCAACUUCGACUUCUACGAUGAUUGGGAUAAUGAAGCUACGGAGGAUAGCUUGCUUGGCUGGGGGACGGGCGAGCUGGACCGGCUGCUGGCGGGGAGCGGGCUGGCUCGUGGCGGUGGCACAGAGCAGCCCCGGCGGCCGCGGAAGAUGAGCUAUGGGACUCGGCAAACCAGGAGGAGUACGGUGCACCUUCCCGAUGCCCGUUCUGAUCCCACGGUGAUACCGAGCUCAUCGCUGCUUGGGUUUCUCGAGCGCUUUCCUUGGCGGUUUGGUGCUAAGGGGGUCAAGUAUCGGCCGUCUGCGGCGGAUCUACAGGAACACCCGGGCAGUCAUCACCACUAUACGCAGGAGAAUGAGCCGCUUAUGGAGGCAACCGAGGAGGAUGGGCUCUACGUGUCUUAUCCGAACAAUGGGAGACAGCGGAGUGGCACGCAGUCGUCGCGGGGUACUUCGAACUCGCUGAGUUCGCGGGGCGAUCUGUUCCCGAGUGACGAGGAAGACGCGGUCCCGCUGGACGAUGAAUUCGCGUUGGUCUUUGGGCGGCGAGGAACGGGGCUUGAAUCGGAUGAUCAACCUGGUACGAAAACUGAGAUGGUGAGGUCUGUGUCGGGCACGUCGAGCCUCGGCGAUGCUUCAUCAAAGAAGUCCAAGCGAAAGAAGAACAAGAAGCGCUCGUCGACGAAGACGACCAUGAGCUCCGAUCAUGAUGUUAUCCACGGCAUUGACACGCCGACAAUAACGGAUCUUAAAAUGGAAGAAGAGCGGGCCGCCCGGGAAGAAGAAUCUACGGUCCAGAGAAAGCGACUCGCUGCGCAAGAAAUGGCCUUGAAACGCAGCCUGGAGCCGAGCAGCGCCCACAUGACUGCAGCACCUGCAGACCUCGCGACCGGGCUAUCUCCGGCCCACAGUCCCAAAACAGUAGGCCGAAGCCAGAUGUCCGAGGGACAUACUAGGCAAUCGAGCGACUCCUCCGUUCGCCAAUUUUCAGGUGACCAGAUUGAGCCGUUCCCGGCUUUCCCGUUACCGGGACCUUUAUUACCCUCCUCUUCACGUGCUGUCGGCAUGGGCUCGCCUCGAUCUGGCUCUUUAACCGCCGGUGGCUGCCCAGAACACGAUGAUGAACCCGGACCGCAUGAUUCCGAUGCAUUUCAUUAA